UUUCUUUUCGGCUCAUUGUCGCAAUUCUCAACUGUCUCUCACGUGUUCAACUCGCGUUUUUAAGCAGAGAAAAUCUGCGAAUAAUAGCCAAAAAAAAAAAGAAAAACCGGAGAAAUAGACCGAGAAACAGAAUCUCAGAGGCUUUUCUUUUCUUUUCCUUUUAUUUUUAUUUAAAAAAAAAACAAAAUUUUCUUCAUUUAUAUCGACGAGGAAGAAGCCUUAAUUCAACCCUUUACCCUCAUUCAUUUAAUUUUCUUCCUUGUUUCGCGAUCUUGAUCGUGGAUCGUCAGUCCUUUGAUCGCUUAAGGAAUCGAUUAGGUGGCGGCGUUUCCAGUUGUGGUGGAUUUGAAGUUGGUUAUUGGAGGAAGGGAAGAGAAGCAUAAAUAAAUUUCGAUAAAUUUUAUUUAUUAUUAUUGUUAUUAUUUUUUUUUUGAGGUUACGGUUUGGUAAAAGGGAAAUUUGCUGAAGAUUGAGCGGUUUCUAAUUUUAAUGAUGUUGACCUUAACUGGUGGGUUUUGAAGUACUAUGGAACUGGUCGUUUCACGACAACAAGAUGACGCUUUACAUUGGUCGCGAAGCUUCAAAGUUAUGGAAGAGAAUUUGUGCAGAGACAACUACAGAGAUCAACCUUCUUCUAGACAACUGGAAAUACGUUCUUGCCGGUCUCAUUUUCCAGUACAUUCAUGGUCUAGCUGCCCGAGGAGUUCAUUAUCUACACCGGCCAGGCCCAACACUUCAGGAUCUUGGAUUCAUUCUUCUUCCAGAGCUUGGACAAGAUAAAGCCUACAUCAGUGAGAUGGUGUUCACCUUUGUGUUUUUAUCAUUUGUCUUGUGGACUUUCCAUCCUUUCAUCUUCAAGAGCAAAAAGAUCUACACGGUUCUAGUUUGGUGCAGGGUGCUAGCAUUUUUAGUUGCUUCUCAGAUUCUCCGAAUCAUCACAUUCUAUUCAACUCAGCUUCCUGGUCCAAAUUAUCAUUGCCGAGAGGGCUCGAAGCUUGCCAGGUUGCCAAAACCAGAUAAUGUGCUAGAAGUCCUCUUAAUUAAUUUUCCUCGAGGUGUAAUAUAUGGUUGUGGUGACUUGAUUUUUUCAUCACACAUGAUCUUCACCCUGGUAUUUGUGCUCACCUAUCAGAAAUAUGGCACACGAAGGUGUAUAAAGCAGUUUGCUUGGUUGGUAGCUAUUAUUCAAAGUCUAUUGAUUGUAGCAUCCCGCAAACAUUACACGGUUGAUGUUGUUGUUGCAUGGUAUACUGUUAAUUUAGUGGUAUUCUUCAUAGACAAGAAACUGCCUGAAUUGCCUGACAGAACCAGUGGAAGUUCACCUCUGUUGCUACCAUUGAGCACCAAAGACAAGGAUAGCAAGACCAAAGAAGAGAAUCACAAGCUCUUGAAUGGGAAUUCUGUAGACCCUGCAGAUUGGAGGCCGAGAACUCAAGUUAAUGGCAAGAUUCUGGAAGAUGCCAAUGGAAUACAUGUCGAUACUGCAAUGAAUGGUGCAUAGAUGAUGGAAGCUGCUGCUAUCACUGUAACGGGGCUGCUUGAAUCCUUAUGAUCUUGGAUUAAGGCUUAGCUACUUCCAAGACUGGUAAAUUUGUAUUCUUAAGAAAACAGAACUUGAGUGGUGCACUUGCACAUUGUGCAGUCCUCCCGUGUCUUGGUUAAAAUCAUCAGCAUCAAAAUGUAUCAUGGAAUUUUCCAAGUUCCUAUUGCAGCUGUCAUUUUCUUUCUCAUGUUGAUAGCACCCUCAUUUACUGUAGCUGUUGGAAUACUGAUCUUUCUCUCAACAAUGUCGAAUGGUGAAACAUAUAGUUGUUAAGCCUCUCAAUGCCGAAGCCAUUGAGAUAAAUUACUUUUUAAGUGACUGUUAAAUCUUUAUAUUUCAUUCCAAGGCAGGAUUGCAGGUGAGGACUUGAAUCAUGAUAGAACCGAAUACCCAACUAAAAGCUGUAAGACAAUGAAAAGUUGAACGAUUCAGAAUUUAGAGUACUAAAAGGGGUAGUAUCUGUGGCCCCUUGACGUUCAUGUGAUUGCGCUAGCCAAGACAGGCCUUAAAAACUAUGAUUCCUGCAACUAAAUGGCCGAUGGUGAGUUGGCAGGAGGGAGCAGAGCACAUGACAUUCCAUUUCUUUAUUGUUGCAUGUGCUGGUGAUGUAAGCUAAUGCGUAUUUUCUAUAUGUCCUGCGCCAGUUGUCUACAAUUCUUCCCUCCCUCUUUUAUACGUUUGAAAGGCGCAAUAACGUGCAGUAAAGUCUCUUUUUCCUUCCCUUAAUAACUAAGCCAGGCUGCUUCAUCUUUCAUGCCCCAUUAGGAAACCAUUUUUCUUAAAUUGUUCCAAUUAUACUUUCAGCAAUAUUUAACUACUGCACAUUUCAGCCAACAUAUGGGCCUUAAUUAUUCUCCUUCAUACUGGGAAAUUCAUUAUUCAAGUACGAACUAGGGAGGGACCGAUGCGUGUCGAUAUGAUUUCAAAUUGGAAAGAUCAUGUGGAUGUGAAUGGGAUACAAUACAUGAAGAUUGUUGACUACUAAAACCAUUGUCCAUGCUCUUUUGAAAAAAUGAGCUUUAAUGUCACAAACUCUGUCAGAACAUGGUAUAAUUUGAAUAGGAUCCUUCUAAUCCUAUCUCUAACAUCAUUGGAAAGGAUUUAAACAAAAGAAGGGUAUAUACCCUUCUAUCUUUAUAUUCUUUAUUAUAUUUGAAUGAUCAUUUUGUUGCGUAUCCAUGGUAAAAUUUCACGGAUAUGGGCUGUUUAACAGCUAGUCCUGCUUGCCCAUGUGGGCUCUCUUUGGAGUGUGCUAGUGUCGACAACUUGACAGCAGAGGCCCCAUACCUCUUCGGCGAUCUUGUAAGCAAGGGUAAGUGCUUGAUGCCCCACCUGUAGGGGAUGACCAGAAAGGCGAUGCUGGCGCAAUUUAAGCUGUGAAAGUUGGUCAAUAAAGAGAAGAGUGGGAGAACAAUGGGAGAACAAUGGCAUGUCUGAUUGAGAGGCUGUGGUCUGAGAGAAAGAAGCUGCAAAUUCCAUCAUUGUUGCAUGUCUGAAUAGCUACCGUUUUCUCCUUUCGAAUGCCCUCCCUUUUUUUUUCCCAGGUGAAAAGCCAAAAAGGGGUCCUCUUGAACCAGAAGUGGGUGGUUGUACUAAUUAUGUCACCACCUGUCAGACAUGGACUCUCUUGAUUCCCUUGUUUUUGUUAUUCCUUGUUGGAUAGUGUGACCAGGGCAUGCUUAAAUUGCAACAGGGACUUUUAAUGUUUUUGUUAUAUCUGAUUUCUUGGGGUCCAUUAAAUAUACUUGUAAUGGAUUUUUCGUAUCUUUUUUAUCAGUGACCACUUGUUAAAUAUGCUGUAAACAGAUAGAAAUUCUGAAAUUCUAACUUCCAAUUCAUUCUAAUAACUUCAGAAACAGGCAUAGGAAAGGCAUUUGCUCAAUUUGUACACAACUUUUAA